CGUCCUCCACUCGAUUGCACGAACAGAGUGACGAUUGAAAUCUUAAAUCACCACACACCACUAUCGAAUCGAUUGACGAUUCUAGAGGAAGUACCGAGUACGAGCUGUUGUCUGUUGAUUGAAAUCACCAGCUCACUUCAACACUGUUGGCACUCGGCAGUCGGCUCUCCAGUCUCGCCUCUCUCGACCGCUCAAUAUCUUAUUGAUCACUUGUGACUUGUGAGUAAGGAGAGAGCCCAAGAAUGGCAGAAGAGUUAACCCUAGGGAUUUUAAUCGAUGUCGUAGAUGAGGAAUGGAUGAGAGAUACUCUCCCUGACGACGAUCUUGCAUUACCCCCAGCACUCGUCCCUCGUAAUGAUGAUGCAGAAGAUUCCAAUCAUGAGGCAGCAGCACAGGUGGAUGGAGGAGAUACUUGGCAUGAUCUUGCAUUGGGAACAACUCAGUCAUAGUAGUAGAUGUUAUUUAUCAUCCAUAUGCUAAAAAACUAGUUUAUACAUUAUUGAUAACACAUGGAUUGUUGUAUCAUUAUGUUAUGGUGUCUGCUUUUGAAUUUUUUCUCUCUUUAUUUUGAAGUACAUAAGUUGCCAAAUGUAACAUCAGACAAACAAAAAAGGAAGGUUGAUG